AUGAUCCUCGGUUCUUCCUCUCCACCAAGACUCUCCUCGAUCCAUAAUACGAACUCAAACAACUUGUCCGAUCACGACAACCUUUCUAAUACCCUGCAACAACAACAACAACACUCUCCAACGGCACAUGGCUCCCAAGACUUACUGCUGAAGGAGCUGCAAGACUUGCACCAAUCUGUUCUCGUAUUUCUUCAUCAUAACUAUGGUGUCAUUCCAUCUACAGUAACUGUGAUCAAUGACCAUCCUCCUCAAUGUAACAAUACGCGAUCUCCCCUUUCCAAAUCAAAAGUCUCAAUCACUUCCUCAAACAAUAACACAUUCUCGAGUUCAAUAUCGUCCUACUCUGCCUCUGCUGUGACCUCUAGUCCACAAAAGAACAGUGGUGCAUCUCCAGUUGCUAAACAACGAAGUUUUAUAUUAUUGGAAGAUGAUUGUGUCUCAAGUCCAAGACACACGUCGAGUAUUAGUUUUGGAGAAAUUCCACCCCCUUCUCCAAACUCUUCUUCUGGAUUCUCUCCUCUUUCAAGAGGUUCCAUGAUGUCGAAUAGUAUGAACUCAAUCCUCACCCAUGCAUCUCCAACCUCCAUGAAUUCACACAACACCUCCAAUUCGAAUUGCACCGAAUGUGAAACAAGAAUGGUUCGGUUAGAACGCCUUAUUUAUCAAGUCCUCAAUCUCAUAUUACGAGGUGAAUACAAACCAAAACUUAAUCUCUCCUCUUCGAACAAUGCUCAACAAACAAGUCCAUCCAAACAAACAUCAUCAACCUCUUCUGAAAGUGAAACACCACGAAAGAUGGUACAGAAUCGAGUGAAGAGUGUUCACCAAAUGGAUGUAGAACCUCUCAAAGAGAUGAUUGCCUCGGUAGUUCAGUACGAGCCCAAACGAUGCAGCAUGGGAUAUGAGAUUUUGUUUGAAUUGAAAAGUGAAGUGGCAUGUUUGAGCCAAAUGUUGUAA